AUGCCUACCUAUCGUGUGGAUACCUUCCAGAUCGCACUUGGUGUAGUGGGUGAUUCGGCAAUUCACCUGCUCAUUAAAGAGCCGUCCGAAGUGGUAUGGGCGAUGUUGGUGGAUGGCGGCGAUAGUGGCGGAGAAGAAAAGAUACGGGAUACGAUGGCCUGGAUUGAGCAAUCGACAAAGUACAACAUAUACCAAAAGACCCAGCCCAGGCUCCAGUUUGAUGCCGUUGUCAUCACUCAUUGGGACAAAGACCACUGGACUGGCGUGCUGAACUUGAUGAAGCAGGCUUAUGAAAAGCAGCCUCUAGAGCGGAAGCUUCCAUUUUUCAAGUACGACGAGGAGACUAUGGGGGAUGCCAGUCCUUUGACAAUUAUCUACUGCCCUGAAGAAGGAUUCCUGAGCAAGAGUACACUCAGGUUUGAUCCAAAGCCCCCUAACGCGAACCCUGUCGAUGUGAAUUUCCGAUUUGGCAAAAACGAAAUACUGCGGGCUUGCCGGCUGAGAAUGGAGCCCAAGAAGGUUCCUACUCAAGGCCCUGUUAGCACUCUCCUUGGUACGAAUCUGAUAACAGGAAAGGACAUAGAGCCUAUAUCCAACGUACAGAACAUCAACAGCCCACGUGCCUUGCUGUUGGCCAACCCCCCUGACCAAAGACAACCGGGAAUCUACAUCAUCGGUGUUUCCACGAGGGUGUUUGGACCGUUACCACCCAACAAUCUGGCUGAGGAAUCGAGAGGGCCAAUCUUACUGGAUAAGGGAGUAGGCUUCGUGGAUGAGAACAAGCCAGGAACACCAACAAACAAGAGCUCGAUUGCUUGUAUGAUUAUGUGGGACACGGCACCGUCUCCUCGGCUCUCUCAUUACUUUGCAGGCGAUAUGCACUGGCAAGAAGAGAAGUCGCUUGUGGAAUGGACAAAAGCUUCUGGUGACCGCAACAGGAUAGGCAAAUACGUUUCGUCUUUGAAACUCAGUCAUCAUGGCGCGAAAAGCUCAACUCCUACGAUGAUGCUGGAGAAGUUCAAUCCACAUAAUUUGAUUGCAAGUGUGGGUGAGAGGAAUGGGCACCCCAGCUGGGAGUUUCUGUUCUACGUUCAAGGCUGGAUGGCCGCUGAGGGACCCCAGAAAGCAGCAUAUCCCCCUGUCCUUACAACCCAGUUCCCAUACUACCUGGCGAGAUGGCGGGAUCCAAACAAUAAUUCGAACGAAGACUGGAUUCCGCUCCCAGGGGGAAGCUCCAACCAAAUGUCAAUGAGGAUCCUGGACGGUUCAGACAAGAGUGCGUCUGCCAAUGGUUACAGAGCUGCUGUUGUAGCCAUCUUCGACCGAGCCGGUACAGCGGUGAUAGACCGAACAGGGCUUGUUUUGUCAGAUCCUUUUGCCGACUGGGACACUGCAAAAGCAAAUGACCAGACCCUCGACGCGAAGGCCUGGGCCCGUACUCGGAUCGCAGACUCCUGGUCCAGACUCUCUCCAGUGCAAGCAGAUAUGCAUCCGGGCGUAGGGGUGAUUCGCAGCAAUGACAAUUUCAAGCUCACACGACGGCAAAACAUGAUGCUAUUCUACAUCAUCGAAUCUGUGAAUGACAGCAAAAGAGACGGUGGCGUUCUCAUGGUCCACGGGGGAUUAGCCAACCAGCCUAAACGGCUCAGACCCGAUCCGAACCUCGUUCCGCCAACUGCACCCAUUACAGUCAAUCUUUCGUUCCCGAAAUCACCUGCUCUCGGCGUCCAAACGAAUAUAUCGUUUUUCAACGUGCCUGCUAAGCCAAAUAGACAUCGCAAGGCCAUCGACAGUGAGGGAAUGUCAGAGUUCGGUCGGCUCUACAAAAGGAAAAAGAGCCCCAAGGAUCUUGAGGCACCAGGUAUGAGCGCACCUGUCUACAGUCCAGCAAGUGGGACAAAUCCCAAUGAGAACGACGAUCUGCUUGACUUUGCCGCAACAGCACGUAAUUUAUCUGAUAACAUCGGUGGUGACACUGAUAGCAUGGAGUUUGAUGGCGGUAGCCCACCAGUCAUUGGACCCCUACCAGUUCCAGGUAUACCUGGCCCACCUCCUGGCAAGGGGUUAAAGGAUCUUGAAGCUCCCUUCUUUUUCAUAUGCUCGAGCGAUUUGAAGUACAACGGUCCACCCCCUAAUACAGUCAAACAGCUCACCUCGGCCCAUCCCCUCAACGAGUUCGUCUCUACAUUUCACCUGAAAGGGAUUAUUCUUGCUCGGCAGCCAGAUCCAAGCCAGACCGACCAAGUCUCUUUGCAUGACCAGGACCAAUUCUUGGGAUGGCUCAGGACUGCUUUAGUUCCACCUGGACAGCAAACCCUAUCAAUUCCACAUGCUCUAGACGGCUCACCGAAUAUAGGAUUCACUGCUUUCACGAAUCCACAAAUUGCCGAUUACUUCACUGAUUUUGCACUUACUAUUCCCAUGCUUGGCGGGUCUAUGAAUUACUCCUCACAGGCCACAGCAGCCCAACUCAACCUUCCCACCACGCUGUUUGGUCCAGGAAGCACUGUGCCGUGGGAGAACUCACUGAUAUUGGGGCUCGAAAGUCCAGAGUCUUAUCAGAAUCUGACUCUUGCAAUGAUCCUAAAACCGGCUACAGAUCGAGGGGCGACAUUAGGGCUUCUCAAUAUCCUUAAAUUACUUCUCGGGGACGACACAUUCCACGUUGACACUAGCACAACUGCUGCUACACGCAACGCCAUCUGGUUCGAGCCAAUGAGUGCGUACAACACCGUAGUUCGUACUCAAUACGCAGCAGAUGCUGGACUACUGGCAGCCCUCAACAGCUGGAUCAAGCUCACUGAUUUCAGCAUCGAUACAUUCACCUUGAUCACAAAGCUUAGAAGCUCGUGGAUUCCGACAAGUGAGGCGCUUGCUGCGCUCAACAGGUGGGAGGUCUUGAUUCACUCGACCUGUACGAUCCGUGAUCCUAAUGGCGAUACCAUCGCCAGCCCAAUGGUUUUGUUCGAUUUUCAAUCCCAGAGCUUGACGAUAACACUCCAGUUUGACACGCCGCCAGACAUGGACGGUAUUCUCAAAUGGGUUCUCCUGCAGGUGUCGGAUGCUCAUUUUGAUUUCCAGCAUUGGUUCUCUCAAGCUACGACAAAGAACUUUAGCACUCCCGUCUUUCGACGUCUGGUGUUAGUUGUUGACCUAGAUGAACAGGGAGGCUUCCCAACGCGCCUGGACGGUCUUUCAAUAGAUCUGGAAGUUGGCGUUCUUUUUGGCAAGACAGAGGGUCAAGAAGAAGAUGUGGUGUUUCUUUUUACUUAUGAUUGGAGUCAACAGAACGGGAGCAGUCUUCAAGGGACGCUAUGGUGCCCCCCGCCAGAUGAUCCUAUUGUGGACCGUAGACUGCUACCGGGCUACGAACCAUGUAAGCAAUUCGAACCAGCAACAGUUACACCAACUGCUCCAUGGGCUGGAUCAUUGGACCUUGCAAAUUUGAUCCCAAAUGGAUCCGACAAUGCAAAGAUUAUCAACAUUCCUGACGGGAUUCCAUCUGAGGUGAUUAUGGUGGAGCUUGCAAUCGAUAAAGAUGGAAUCUCCUUUCAAGCAAAGCUGGAGUGCAAGGAGCCCGUUCAGAACAAUUCAGGCGGCUUCCCUACUAUCUUCCUUAGUAGAAUCUCCCUCAACGCCAGCUACGCUUUUACCAAACAGUUCUCGGUAGGCUUCGGGUUCGGUAUCACCAUGUUUCCCCAAGAGGGUUCAACAGUUCUGCCAAUCGAACUCACUGGGGCGGUCAACUACAACAGCGGCUCCUGGUCUGCUUCUGCCGCUGUGGAGACCCCGAGUAUGCAAGGUGCUCACCUGUUGAGCUACUUUGACAGUGACACCAAGGAUGACGCCGCUGCCUUGAUACAGCAUAUUCAGCUGCUUUACCUCUCCUUAGACUAUCAGUACUCCAAUGGGGUCGGAAGUUCUUUUCAGUUCACCGGAAGCAUGGGAAUUGGUGAACUUGAGCUUGACCUCAACUUUAACUAUACUUCAGGUCAGCCUUGGACAUUCACAGCAACGGUGGAUACCUUUCCUGGGUCGACUUCCACUCUACAGCACAUAUUGGACAGUAUCGUGGGAGAUGCAACGGUCAAUCUGCCUUCUUGCGUUGCCGAUAUCAAAGUUGGAGAUACCUCUGGCGUUGCUGAACCAUUGUUCAAGCUGACACUCCAGGGUCUCAAGACGAACAGUGGCACAAAAGACGGCAAGGGCGUUAUUUCGAAGCUUGAAGUCAACAUUGGAGUUGUCUCGUUUACAUUCCUCCAAUACAGGAAUAGCUCGUGGGAUAUCAAUAACAACGCUUCCAAGCGGGUUCUGCGCCUCGAGGUCCACAACCUACCAGAUUUCGACAUACCAGUUUUGGGAACCAUACCACUCUCCGAAACGAUUGAGGAAAUCUGUUUUAUGUGGGUUCAAGACGGCAGCAAUACCAAUGUUGAAGGUCAAAAACCAGGCCUGACCAAAAAGGAGAUAGAGACUCUCAAUGAGGAGGCAUUUACCACUGCACCACUUUACUACAAGGCAACAAGGGAGAAAUACGCAGAUACAGACGUCCUAAUCGAGGCUGGAUGUCACUUUGUCAUUGUCACCAAAGACGCCAAAGGAUCAAUAAAUGUCGUGAUGGAUUAUGUGUUUCUUAAGCCUUCCUCGGACGAUCACGUUCCACCACCCUCAGCUGCACUUUUCUUGCACGCAGCAGCUAAAAGACGAUAUGGAUCCAGCGCAAUCAUCCACAGCAAGAUAAAAGGCGAGGUUGACGCACUUGCCGAUGCCAACGCGGGAUCCGGCACCCAAAAGACCUCAUUCAAAGUGUCCCUCGGCCCACUGGACAUCUCAAACGUGGGCAUCAGGUUUAGCAACUCAGUCUUUUCCCUCUGCUUUGAUGCAUCCAUCGCCGUUGGGCCUACUGCAAUGGCGUUACAAGGCUUCAGCAUUGAUUUUGACUUUGGCAACGGACAUGAUCUUCAGCACAACUUCCCCGUUCCAGGGUUUUCUCUGCAGGGCUUUAUCAUUUCCUUCGACCGACCUCCAUUGGCCGUCGGCGGAGGUCUGAUCAGGGUACCUACAGCUAACAAAGGCGAUACAUACUGGGCCGGCGGUGUAGAUAUAGAGUUCAGGGCAUGGUCCUUCCUGGCUGCCGGCGCAUAUGGCAGCCUUACGGUUGACGGAGAGACGUUCACCACAACAUUUGUCUUUGCGCAGUUACAAGGUCCGCUUAUCAACAUGUCCUACGCUUCAAUCAAUGAUCUCACUGGCGGAUUCGGGUACAACAACAACCUCACGCUCCCAGCUAUAGCUGAUGUGCCCGCCUUUCCCUUCCUAGCCUUGCCUAAGCCUCCAAAGCCCAGUCCUACUGGAAAUUCCACCAUGGACAUGUUGACAGCAUUGCUCAAAGGACAGUGGUUUUCGCCGCGCAACGGCUCGUUCUGGAUCGCAGCUGGAUUUACAGUGACCGCUUUACAGAUGCUUCAAGUGACAGCGGUGGCAACGAUACAAUGUGAUCCAGAGGUCAAGGCAGGCAUAUAUGCAGUAGCCAUUGCUGAUAUACCGUCCACAAAGGCCAAAUUCAAACUUGCACAUAUUGAACUAGGCAUUGCAGCCACGGUAGACCUUGCCAAAGGUAUCGCUGCAUUCGAGGCACAACUCGCACCGUCGUCUUUCAUCUUAGAUCCAGCAUGUCAUCUCACGGGUGGUUUCGCAUUGUAUUACUGGUUCACUGGCACUUCUGGUCAACAGGCUGGCAAACCCGGCGACUGGGUUUUCACAUUGGGCGGCUACCACGCAGCUUACAAGCCCCCGUCUCAGUAUCCAAAUCCGCCUCGUUUACAAAUCCAAUGGUCUCUCGGUCCAUUGUCUAUCACCGGGCAAGCCUACUUCGCUAUCACUCCCGUUGCGUGUAUGGCGGGCGGGUGUCUGCACGCAUCGCUCAACAUUGGCGUCCUGAGCGCUUGGCUCGACGCGUACGCUGAUUUCAUCAUCAAUUACUCGCCCUUCAGCUUCAAGGCGGCCGGUGGCCUCAGCGUUGGUGUACGCUACACAUUGGAUCUGCUUUUUGUGACGCUGCAUAUCAACAUUGAGAUCAGCGCGAUGCUGACUCUUAUGGGUCCACCGUUCCAUGGCUCUAUCUACGUCGAUUUCUGGGUGUUCGGCUUCACGGUCAAUUUUGGAACCCAGGAGCCUCCGGUAAUCGCGAAGGCUACGUUGGAAGAGUUCUAUUACCUGGCGCUUCAAAAAGACAGCCCGACGGCACAGACAACACCUCCUACGCCACAUAAGUUCAACUGUUUGUCGGGACUCAUUCCAUCCCCGCCGCCAGACGAAGCUAAGAAAGCUCGCUGGCGAAAGAGGUUGGGAACUCUUGGGGCCUAUGGCAAAGCAAGGCUUCGUGAAGAAGACGAGGAUGAAAUACACAGCCAAGAAAAGGCUGUGGGAGACAGUGAAGGUGAUGAUGACUCCGACGAACUGCCUCCGGUUUGGGAAGUGCAUGCCGGCACAUUCACCUUCAGUAUUUCAUCCGUCUUCGCAGUUAGCGAUGUAACUCUCAACGCUACGGAUGCGGAUCCAGUUGAUUUUUCUGCGCCCCAACCUCAAACGACUGACAUUUACUCAAGGCCGAUGUACCUCACUACGACAGAUAAGCCUCUUAAGUCAGAGUUGGUCGUUACAAUUGCAGCUACGACACCUAAGACGCAACUUCAACUUCAAGAUGGACCAAACCCUUGGGUAAUACGUCCUCUGAUAGACCAGAUGCCUCGUGCUUUGUGGGAUUCCUAUGACCCUAAUACAGAUCCAAACAACGGCUCAAAAGCGCUCCUCAACAACCCAGGCAAUCCGACCGUUCCACUGAUGAUGAGUGUUCUUCUCAUCCCACCGGAGCCUCGCCUCAGCAAAGACCUCAUCCAAUCAUUUGACGCGGUUGCAUCGCUCCCACAGGACGUCCUUGCCAAUCCACCCGACUUCCCGCCUUAUGCUGACACGGCCAAUACAGCGUGGUUGCCUAUCCCACCCACGGAGCCACCAUUACCGGAUCCAGCUCUUCCGUGGGAGAAUGUUAAAGCGGCGUGGGAGACCCCAGAGCUGGGCGUUGGUGCGGCGUCGGUCAUGUCAACGGCAUGGAACGAAUGUAUGGGCUGGGGUGUUCAGCCUCCAUCACUUGCAAGCACUAGAUGUAGCAAAGCGAAGACACAAAGCAGCCCUCUGGUGUCGGGCGCGGUACCGAAACGAUUAGUGGCCGAGUUGGAAGCAUUGUAUGUUGCAGCUCCAAUGAUGGGAGUGGCGCAGACUGUUUGA